UCCUUUACCAAGAAAUUCUCACUCAUUCUACGUAGUCGCAUCCAAAACCCUAGUUUCUUUUAUUCGAGAGAGAGGGAAAGAAAGAAAGAAAGAAAACAAGAUGGCUGCAGAUUGGGGGCCAGUUGUUGUUUCGGUGAUACUUUUCAUACUGCUAUCACCGGGACUCCUCUUCCAAUUUCCGGCGAGGACAAGGAUAGUGGAGUUCGGAAACAUGUGCACCAGUGGGAUCUCCAUCCUAGUACACGCCAUUAUAUACUUCUGUAUACUUACUAUCUUGAUCGUUGCUAUCGGCGUCCACAUACAUGCCGGUUGAUCUUUCUCACCAUCACCCUUUCCUUUCAACUCUCUUUCCUUCUUUACAAGUAAAUCCUCUGUCUCUGGACAACUAGUCACUGAAGCAUGUUUAAGUUUCCUCUUUUUGUUUGUUUGUUUUUUUUUUUUUCUGAGUGUGUUCUUGUUACUUCCAUUCUUGUCCUAAUUUAUUUCGUCUUUUUCCUUUUCCAUGAACAUCAUUAUUAUUUUUUAUAUCUGGAUGUUCAUCA